AGCGACAGUGACGUGUUUCCGGUGUCAUGUCAUCUUCCUGCUCAAACCGCGUGGUUAGCAUUUUCAUUUCAUUUAAAUCAGUGUUUUAUUUUAUUUGCUGCUUUUAGUGAUGCCGUUUUAAUAAAAACAAGACGUCCAAAGAUGGCAGAAGUUGUACAAGAGAAAGGUCGUGGUUUGAGGUUUGCAGAGCAGCAACUCCUGCGUCAUGGUUGGGAACACGGUAAAGGACUGGGGCGAGCUGAGAAUGGCAUAUCCGAGGCUAUCAAGGUCAAAGUGAAAUGUGAUAAAGGAGGGAUUGGCCAUAAGGAAGGGGAGCAGUUUACCUUCCACUGGUGGGAUCAUGUCUUCAAUAAGGCCUCUUCCAGUCUGCAGGUGGAAUCUGAUCAGAACGGUAUUCAGUUGAAGAAGACAGCGGAUGAGGAUGAAGAGGAUACGAUGAUCUCCAAUAAAAAGCCACGGCAGGCCUCGCUGGCUAAAGCCAAACUUUAUGGGUGCUUUGUCAAGUCAGCCACACUGCUGUCUGGUCAGGAGCAGCCAGAGCCAAAGUCUUCAGACUCAGACGACAGCAGUAGCUCGGAGGAGGAGGAAGAGGAGGACCAGAAAUUGGAUCUCUCCAGCACCAUCAUGCUUUCUGAUUCUGAUCUAAUGAAGGUGUGUGGAGGACGCACGGCUCACAAAGGAGCUCGGCACGGAUUGACCAUGAGUGCCAAGUUAGCCAGGCUAGAGCAGCAGGAGGCUGAAUUCAUGGCUAAGUACGGCAAGAAGAGCCAACCAGCAAGUGCAGUCUGCAUUACACCGUCUCCACCAACCUCCCAGUCAUCUUCUCCUGAGGUGCAGGAGCAGAUGGACGAGGACUCUCAGAGAAAAAAGAUGAAAAAGAAAAAAUCCACUGGGAGCAUUAAUGAACCUAAUGGUGAUGAAGUGUCUGAAAGUCCUGAAAAAGAUGUUAAACCCAAAAAGAAGAAGAAGAAGACAAAGAAAGCCAGUGAGGACACUGAGGAAAUAACCAAUGCACUUUCCACUGAGGGGGAUGUGAUCUGCAUAGAAGACGGGGAAGCAGACCAUUCCUGUAAAACAAAGAGGAAACGUCAAAAAAAGAACAAAAAUGCAGAACUGAAUGAAGAAGAAAGAGCAGCUUCACCUGCAGCAGAAAGUCCGGAGGAGACUGCCGAGCUACAGACUGACACAAACGUGAGGAAGAAGAAGAAAAAGAAGAAAUCCUCCAAACACCACAGUGAACCUGCUGAGGCAGAGAAGAGUAAUGAUACAGAAUCUAGCCAGUUAGAGUCGGUCCAGCACUGUGUUCCAAAAACCAAGAAGAAAAAAUCUGCAGCUCUGUUGGAGGAAGCCGAAGUUACACAGGAGGAAACGACAGUAAAGCAGAAAAGGAAAAAGUGUAAAAAGGACAAAUCUUCUAUAGAUGACAGUACGAACGAGGAGGCACUUCCUCCAAAGAAGAAAAAGAAGAAGUCCAAAGAGUAGUAUUUGAUAAAAAAUGUUUUGGACAUUGAUAAACAGGUUUUCCUGGCUGAUUGGUAAAGUUAGCAUUACCUUCAAUCAGCUGUGGUGAGUUAAUGUGCCAAACAUGGAUUUCAUGGAGGCUGUGCUCUCUCAUUCGACCUGGCCUGUAAACUAAUUUAGAUAUUUUCCAAUGAUUGGAGAAUAUCUUUAAUUAGUCAUUCAGACCAGUCACCAGGUAAUGACACCCAGCAGUUGUGUCUCUUCUGCCUGUAAUUUUUCAAUCAAUAUUGUCUGAACUGUGGAGUUUAUAACCUGCUGCUGAUGUUCAAGUGACUGAGGGAACCAGGUCAUUUGUUGGUGAUGCAGACUUUUUAAGAUUGUUGAUUGUAUACAACAUGAAAUGUGUUGCUCUAUCAGUCAGUGGAUCUUUUUAGUUUGAGCCUAUAAAUCAUUGAUUUAAUGAGUCAACGGUCUCUGCUAAUCCACAUGGUGCAGCCCAAACCCAGCUGUCCUACAAAUCAAGUCAAUGUUGACAUUUGUAGGUUGGGACAUGUGAACUCAUUAGAACUGGUGCCAAUUAAAUUGCCUGUGUUGACCACUUUGUGUGGAAACUUAAAUUGAAAUGCCAAGAAUGUAUUGUAGUUUCUAAAUCAAAAAUAAUUGUUCAUUUUAUUGAAAGGAGGAAAGACAUGGAAGUACACAUGAAAUGGAUGAAACCAAUAUUACAUUAAAGUUUGACCUUUAUAUGCAAACUA